GGUUGAUUCACACUGCAAUAAUAUCCCACUGCCGACCUUUCUGAGAAAGCUUCGCUGUCGUUUUUACACUCCGUCAAAACAAGAACCCUCCUCGCUAGGCCGUUUCUGCCUUAUCUACACGAUCCGUAUGUCGGCUUCAUGAGAGCAGUACAAGCACAUGAGCGGGCGGCCUCCUCCCGCUCUGCCCACCUUGGCCGCCGGUGGUGAUACCGCAGCGGAGCAGGUUCCCCAGCCUUCCAGUAGCAACGAAACUCAGGAUACGAUUGGGAAUGCCGAGCCGGUGGUCAACCUGCUACCGACGCCUAAGCGCAUCGAGCCCUGCAAGAGCAUUCUAAAAACCGGGGACUCGCUGAAGACAAGUGACUAUAAGCGCAACAUCUCAUGGCAGGACCAGUUUGGCCAGUCACUUGUACAAGUUGUGGAGUUUGAACCUAGUGAACAUGGUGACAGCGACUACGAUGACAUGGAGGAGCGGGGCUGCUGCGUUUUGAUGUAGCUUGUUAGCGCACCUGUGUAGAGCGCACCUGUGUGAGGGGGUUGGGGCAUGAGAGUUCCAUUUGCAUAAACCCGCAUUCAAACUGCACAGAUGUUGGCUGGGGUUGCUUCCUCAGCAACGGCAGUGCCAGGCUACGAAUUGUCAUGGCGUAAUGUAUGGGAGAAGAGGCUAGACCGGGGUUUGGUAUUGUGCUGAGACCAGGCAAUCAGCAUCAGCAUUUAGCAAAUAGACUUGCAUACAUCUAGACGGUGUCAUAGGGGUGCUGUAUGCCUUGCAGGAGCUAGAGGGCUCUGAUAGUGCAGUGGGUGUGGGGCCCCGUGAGCUUUUAGUACGGCAUGUGCGUUAGGCGGAGACCAUGGCAAGUAAUGCCAUCCAAGCAAAUGUGCUGCAGUGCUGGGGCGUGGGAGAGGUGGUGCUUGGAUCUGGUGGCUUAAGCCAAUGUUAACAAUCUUAACAUGCAUUACUGGACUUAAGAUGAGGCGGAAAGCCCAAAUGGCUACCAUGUGUGGGCUUGCCAGGCCGGCACCGGACCGCUCUGCUGCCGAGAAGCAGAGCGGAUAGACGACACGUUUUUCCCAUGGGCUACCUAGAGGACAUAGUGG